ACUGCACAAGGAACACUCGAUAACUUUCCUUAAAACUCCUCACAAACUUCAAAGGGCAGUCGAUGAGAAAGUCGCCCGUCGAGAGAGAAUGUCGGAAAGAGACGGCGUCUUCUCUCACGAUCAACAAUCAACUGCUCUCAAAACCCUGCUCGAUUCCCUCAAGAUUUUCCUGAGAAACAAACUAACCUUCAUUUCCAUUUUUGCCCUCACGACCCUCCCACUCUCCUUCCUCCUCUUCUCCCUCUCCCUCUCCUCCCACCCGCUCAAGUCCCACAUUUUCCACCUCGAGUCCCUCGCCCGCCUCGCCCCGACCCGAUUCGAGGCCCGCCAAGUCUGGAAGGAAUCCCGCGAUGACGCCGUUUCUCUCCUCCGCAUCAAGGCCAUCUUCUUCCUCCCCAGCUACGCUCUCUCCCUCCUCGCCUCUGUCACCGCCGUCACCGCCACGUCAUCGUCUUUCCAUGGAAAACGCCCCGAUCUCCGUUCCUCCCUUAAUGCCGUUAAGCUCACCUGGAGGAGACCUCUGGUCACCUCCAUCUGCAUCUACGCGCUCUCGAUCGCGUACGCUGUCGUGCCGUGGACUCUGUCGAUUGUAUUCAACUCGUCGUGGUCCAGAUUCUUCAUCCUCGUUCUCGGGUCGGGUCUCGAGAUUUACCUGAUGGCGGUUCUGGGCCUCGGGCUCGUCGCGUCGAUUUUGGAAGAGAGGUUCGGGUGGGAUGCGAUCCGGGUCGGGUGGGCGUUGAUGGCGGGUAAGAGGUUGUGCGGGUGGGCGUUGUCGGGUUUGUUCGUGUUCUUAACCUGGGUGGUGGCGAGGAAGCUGGAGGAAGUGAUGGACGGCCAGGAUUUGAUGGAGGGAUCAUCGACGGCGACGCUGACGAGGGUGGUGGUGGGCAUAGAGGAUAAAUUGGGUUGGGUAAUUUUGUAUGGGUUAGUGGUGCUCUGGGGUUACCUAGUUACCACAGUUUUUUACUGCGAGUGUAGGAAACGCCACGUAAUUGGUGGUGGUGAAAAUGAGAACAUCACGGUUUGAAUUUUGUACUUACGUUUUUAGAUUUUUUUUUCUUCUUUGAGAAAUACAUAGUUCUUUUAUUUUUAUUAUUUUUAAUUUGUAAUAAGAAUUGAAAGGGGGCAACCUUUUGUAAAUUUGUAUUCUUCGUCAAGUUGAAGAAGCAGAGUAGAUUGAUUACCAAGUUAAUGACAUUUUAAUUAUUUUCCUUGAUAUUUUGCAAUUGAUUACCAAGUUAGUGACAUUUUAAAUUAUUUUCGUUGAAA